AGGGACCAUAACGUCCCGUCCCCCAGGGUGGGUCCCUCGAGGGCCUCAGAGUCUGGGGUGGUGAAACCUCGCCAGCGAGGCCGCAGUGGGCUCAGGAGGAACCUGUGCAGUUGGGGCUGUGUUCUGAGGUCAGGACGCUGGGAAACCACAGGAAGUGAGUCGGUGCAGAGCUGAUGCGCCUUCGUCCCGGGACAGGAGCUACAGGCGGGUGAGGCUGGGGGCAUGUCGGCGGAGUGCGGGGAGCCCGGGCCGGAGGGGCCUCAGGGGCCAUCCCCGGGGCCAGGCGGUCUCCCCGGGGCCUCGGGCUUGGGACAGUGCCCCCCUCGGACCACAUCCGCCCCCUGGAGCCUGCCCCUCCGGAGAGCUCACGCGGCCGCCGCGGUGCUGUGCUAUGUCAACCUCCUGAACUACAUGCACUGGUUCAUCAUCCCAGGCGUGCUGCUGGACGUACAGAAGUUUUUUGAGAUCAGUGAUAGCUGUGCUGGUUUGCUUCAGACAGUCUUCAUAGGUUGCCUGCUGCUGUCUGCACCUGUGUUUGGCUACCUGGGCGACCGACACAGCCGCAAAGCUACGCUGAGCAUUGGGAUCCUGCUCUGGUCAGGGGCGGGCCUCUCCAGCUCCUUCAUUUCCCCCCAGUAUUCCUGGCUGUUCUUCCUGUCCCGGGGAGUCGUGGGCACCGGCUCGGCCAGCUACUCCACCAUCGCGCCCACCAUUCUGGGCGACCUCUUUGUGAGGGACCAGCGGACCCGGGUGCUGGCCAUCUUCUACAUCUUUAUCCCUGUCGGAAGUGGUCUGGGCUACAUGCUGGGCUCGGCCGUGUUGCAGCUGACCGGGAACUGGCGCUGGGCCCUCCGAGUCAUGCCCUGCCUGGAAGCUGUAGCCUUGGUCCUGCUUAUCGUGCUGGUUCCAGACCCUCCCCGGGGAGCUGCUGAGAAGCAGGAGGAGGUGGCCACGGGGGGCCCGAGGAGCAGCUGGUGGGAGGACGUCAGAUACCUGGGGAGGAACUGGAGCUUUGUGUGGUCCACCCUUGGGGUGACUGCCAUCGCCUUUGUGACUGGAGCUCUGGGCUUCUGGGCCCCCAAAUUUCUGUUCGAGGCCCGUGUGGUGCAUGGACUGCAGCGCCCUUGCCUCCAGGAGCCGUGCGACAGCCAGGACAGCCUGAUUUUUGGGGCGUUGACUGUCGUGACGGGCAUCAUUGGAGUUGUCCUGGGAGCAGAGGCUUCCAGGAGGUACAAGAAAGUCAAUCCUCGGGCCGAGCCCCUCCUCUGCGCUGGCAGCCUUCUGAUCGCAGCCCCCUGCCUCUACCUGGCUCUCAUCCUGGCCCCGACCACGUUCCUGGCCUCCUAUGGACAGCCUGCUACCCCCAUUUUACAGAUGCGUAAACUGAGGCUUACCCAGAGUGGCACCGCUAGGGAGGAACAGAACUGGGGUUUGAGCCUGAGCCUUUCUGGCUCUGAGCUGCUGGUGAAGGCUUUGAUGGGAGACGGUGGGACGCAUUUGUUCCUCGGAUGUGCUGUGAGAGCCAGGAGAGAUGGGGUGACAGGUGAGGGGAGUGAAGCCCAGAUUGGCCAUGGCCCAUGCUGACAUGCUCUCUCGUCUUCCGGGCUCUAUUCCGUCAUACCCCUCCGUGUGCCCCACCUUGUGGCCGUGCCAGUGACGGGCUCGCACCUGCCGGCCUUUGCUGUGCCCGUCCCUCUGCAGGGGCACGGUUCCCCCUUGAGCUCCUUCUGCAAGGCCCAGCUCAAACGCUGCGUCUCCAGAAGCCUUUCCAGACCGUCCCAUGCCCCUGUCAGAAUUCACCGUUCCUGCUUGGGUUCCAUGCAUGUUUGGGUCCCUCAGGCACCGUGGUGUAUGGGUGGGGCUGUAUGCACACCCCCUGCUCCCCAAAGCCCCAGCCCUGAUGGUCUCACCAGUGGGAAAGGGCCAGUGAUUCUGGGAAGCUGGUGCCAGCCUAGCCCCAGCCAGAUGGGCUCCCCUCCCCUCCUCUCCCGUCCCAAGGCCCUGGGGACCCCACCGUGGACACAGGUGCCCCUGCACACACAGGUGGGCUUCACCGAGCAGACUGAGACCAGAACUACCCACGCCCAGAGCCCACUGUCACACCCGCGAACUGGAAAGUCAACACGUUGGUCCUGCUUCCAAAUAGUGUCUGUCCAGGCCCAGAUAAUGCACGGGGGCGAGAGGGAGCUGCGGUCCGUUUGGUUCUUCUCGGUCCACCUCUGCCCUGGUCCCUGGCCCCACUCCGGGCUGGGCAGGCGGGAAGGACGGCCUGAAAUGGGGCACGUGUUACCGUGUCCAGAGUGGGUUUUCCCGAGUGUCCGUGUCCUCCUGGUGCCAGAUUCCAGAUGCUGGCUGACCAGCACGGGUCGCUCUCUUGGGGACACUUUUUGGAGCCCUGGCAUUUGCAAUAUCCAAUCAUUGGUGCAGGUCGUCUUCCAAGGCGUCCCUCCUCUCGGCUCAGCUGGUCCUGCUGGACCCACCACCGGGGCUCCCCUCUCGUGACCCCCAGGCCUGUCUCCUCUGCCUGGCGUCUGUCGGACCCUGGAUGCCCUGGGGAGGGGCUCGGGGCCGGCAUCCUCGUGCCCCUGGGUGACACGAAGGGGUGCCCCCACGGUGCCCUGUGUGAGCUCCACUCAGGCGGCCCCAGCACUCCGCUGGCUCGUGUCCUCUGUCUGUGGCUGGGUCGCUCGGAGCCCCUCGCCAGCUCUCCUACUCUUCAGGUUAACCCUCCCCAGCCCACGCCUGCGGCCUUCCCUCUAGAAGCCAGGGGGAGGGGGCCAUACGGGGCCGUCAUUUCUCUCCCCAGGUCCUGAGGGAGGGGAUGGCGUGUCUCUGAAGGUCUGGGUGGGCUUCUGCCGAAAUUCCCGGAGGACAGACAGGUCCUGUUAGCGCUGCUAACAGGGGGGGAAGGGCUUUCUCACCCCCACUUACAGAUUGGGAGACCGAGGCCCGGAGACAGAACACAGACAGUGGGACAGACAGAGCCGAGAGCCAGCCCGUAGUCUGUGUCCUCCAUGCCCUGCUGACCCUUGUCGCUCCCGUGGGGGAGGAACGGAGCCCGGCAUACAGUAGGUGCUAAUAAGUGCCUAGAUGCUUACUGGCAUCCGGGCCGAGGGAGCAGCUCCCGGAGCGGGGCCAGAUCCCGGCUGCUGGGGCUCAGCGGGCCUGACCUUGCAGGCAGAUGGAGGUCUGUCAAAGGCCGUCCCUGCGUCGGCUGGGGCCCAGUCCCCUGCCAGUCCUGCUUCUGCCACCGUCCUGUUUGGCUCUGGGAGGCGGCUCCUUGGCUGUGUUUAGGGGACACAGCUGUCUCCCCCUCUGCAGCCUGGCGCAUCUCCAGGGCUGGAUGGCUCGUCUAGAAGUGACAUUGCGUCCCGGCUGACAGAGGCGGAGAAACUCUUCUCUGGGCCUGCCGCAGGGGUGAGGGGCUGCGGGCCGGAUGGUGGGCAGGCCGGGGGCGCGUCCCUCCGAUGCUGGGAGGCUGCUCCCUCCGUGACUCGUGUGUGGGCCUGGCGUGGGACCCAGUGGCACCAAGCCAGCAGGCCAGGCUCCCGCCUUCCAGGAGCAGCGCGGAACCUUCCGGGCCUCCUGAGCAGAAGCCCUUCCAUGGCUCCGUCUGUGCCUCUAACUGACGUUCCGGCUUGAGAUUCGGGCCCUCUGCCUGGCACGGCUCCUGCCGUCUGUCUGUGGGACCGGUGCCAGGAGCCCCUUCCUGGUCUGCUCACCUGCCCACUGCCAGAGACACCGCGGACCUUCCGGGGCCCCUGACGCCUCUGGAACUGAGCCCAGCUCCUCUCAUGGCGCUCGAAGCCCCUCAUGACUCCCUUGACCAGCCAUGUCCCCUGCAGUGCUGACGCCAGGGCCCCUCCUGGUCCCCACGUCUGUCCGGCCGACCCUCCCUUGGCUCCCUCCGCACCCCUCCUCCGUGGAGCCCUCCGGAAUUGCUGGGCUCCACCUGCCCCCCACUCCCACCCUCCUGCUCUCUGUGAGGCCUUCCUUAGGCCACAGUUACUUAUGCUCUGACCCCUGUCCCAGCCCAGGGGCCCGGGGGGUCCCACCUUCCUCAGCUCUCGGCCUGAAACACAGCGCCAGGUACUUGGUGGGGGGGUCACCGCUUGCUGAGUGGAAGGCUGCAUCACCAGCCACCCGAAACAUUCAUUUGUUUUUCUAUUAAAUUUUUUUAAAUGUUUAUUUAUUAUUUUGACAG